AUGGGGCUCUCCAACGAUGAACGAGGCUGGGUUAUGACCUGCUUGAGCGGGAUAGCAUGCGUUGUAGGAGCCUCGAUGAUCUGCAUCGACAUUCUCAUACGGCAAUUUCCCGGCAAGAAGGACUUCAGAAUACAGGACAGCGACACCUUCCUGUCGGCAUCGCUGAGCUUGAGCUUUGGCGUUAUGCUUUUCUCUGCGUUGUACAGCAUGCUGCCAUCUUCGAAGAAGUCCUUGAUCGAUGGCGGAUACUCGCCGAGGGCGGCCUCCUGGAUCUUGAUAGCCUGCUUCAUCGGCGGCGUACUGGGCAUUCAGGUCAUAUCUCGGAUCAUGCACCACUUCAUUCCUUCUCAUGUCGUCGACUGUGAGCAUUCCCACGAUGAUGAGCAGCCCGCGAAGGAGGAUGGUCACUCGCAUGAUCACGACGAUGGAGCGGAUGUAGAGCGCCGUCAGCCACCACCACAACUUCGAUCGCGGCCGCAGACACCAAGAAGCUCGCUACCUGGCCACAUGGUGACACCUGGAGGUGGCCGAAAGCGACAGACGUCGUACUUCAGUGCUACUUCCAAUGCCACCUUUGCGCCCACCGCGGAGUCAGAGGUAGCCAACAACCAGCUGGCAGCCACGCAGAGCCAGCCCGCCAUACCCAGGAGACCGUCCUUACAGGCCCGAGUCACGUCGACCAUCAACCAGUUCACCACCGGCGUCAAAUCUUCAUGCGACUGCAACGGCCCCUGCUACGGCUACACCGACCCAUGCGGUCAAGACUGCUUCAAGAAGAUCAACACCCGAGGCGGCCGUCGCGCACCCCUAACCCCUCGCAUGUCAAGCAGCAGCCUCAAAGCCCCACCCCUAACCAAAAGCCCAACGGUCACCGGCAACGCCCCUCUAACAGAAACCACACCCCUCCUCGAAGGCAUCGCCGAAGAAGGGACCCGCCCGCAACUCGAACACAUCAACCAAGCACCCACCCGCUACUUCACCUCCCGCGAGUCGCCCGAUGACGAAGCCUCAGAAUCCGACGGCACCAUCCCCGGCACCCACGAUCUCGACCUGCACAAAACUCACUCCAACGAAACCACCUCCUCCCACAACCCGGACCACCACCACCACCACGUCCCCACCAACGCCUUCCUCUCCAUCGGCCUCCAAACCAGCAUCGCCAUCGCCCUGCACAAGCUACCAGAAGGCUUCAUCACGUACGCCACGAACCACGCCAACCCGAGCCUAGGCGUCUCCGUCUUUUUGGCCCUAUUCAUCCACAACAUCACCGAAGGCUUCGCCAUGGCGCUCCCGCUCUACCUCGCCAUCAACUCCCGUCCCAAAGCCAUGGCCAUCUCCUUCGUGCUCGGGGGCCUCUCCCAGCCCAUCGGCGCCGGCGUAGCGGCUGUAUGGUUCAAGUUAGCGGGUCAGGGGGACUGGGCGCCGAGUGAAGGCGUGUAUGGCGGCAUGUUCGCGGUAACGGCUGGGAUCAUGGCGAGCGUGGCGUUGCAGCUGUUCAGCGAGAGUUUGGACCUGACGCACUCGCGGACGCUGUGUAUGAUGGGGGCGUUUGUGGGGAUGGGGGUUUUGGGGGUUAGUAGUGCGUUGACCGCCUAA